AUGGCGAAUAGGAACGAGCGCAAGAGGAACUACUCCAGGCUACCGAGUCGUGCGAGUAAGCCUCGAUCGAGUGCGCUGCGGCAGCAGAAGCAGAACCGAAGCGAGAAGCCGAACCGCGUGCGGCGCGGCGGCGCGGCUUCUCCCUCUGCUUUUGGCUUUACUGCUCGAGCUCCGCAGACCUUCGCUCUCGUGUUGAUGAUUUAUGGAGAUGCUGUGAAUUUCUCCUACUUGGCGAGAACUUUAAUUUUCCUUUCUCUGUUUUCACAGACGACUUCAGAUGUUCGAGAAGAUGUCCCGUUUCUAGCUCUGAGCGAGGAGAACAAACUGAUUCUCUUUCCUUUGGUGCUCUUACAUAAAGAAGCUUCAUCUGCUGGUAGCUCCUUUCCAUGGACUGAUCUGACACAUGUGUCUGCUAUGAAUGAAUGUCCACUGGAGAAAUGGGUUCAUGUUGGAUGUGAGGUAGCCAGAAAGAGUGUGCGCCUUCACAUUGAUGGUAAUCUGGUUUCUGAGAUGAAUCUAUCGUCCUUAUGUGAGGACCAUAAAUAUCGUGAUGAUUUGAAGAGAAUAACAUUGGUCGGUAAUGAUGAGAAACUUGAGGGCUAUGUCUAUAAUAUUCAUGUUUUGCCUCUAUCGACAACAAUAAAACAACAGUAUGAGAAGAAUCCACCAGUAAAAUUAUCCCUUGAUGGUUCAUGCUCCUCCGAUGGUGUUGAAGAGGGUGGUGAUGGUGUUUGGAGCAUUGUAGGUGGCAAGGCUUCUUGUCGUAGAAACUUUUCUCUGGAAGUAGUUCUAUUAGAUGCCUUUGGUCAGGCAGUGCACAAGGAAAUGGAGAUUGCUGCUUCACUUGUAUAUGCAGACAACGGAGCACCUGUUGAAAAAUCUCGAGAUGAAAAAGAAGCUCCACUACUUACAAGUUGUGAUGGACUGGAAUACCCUUCUUCAGAUAAGCCAGUAUCUCUUCUUCGUGGCCGUGCAUCUUUUAAGCUUAAAAUUUCUCAGCUCUCUUCUAAAUCCGACAAUAGGCUUUUUCGUGUUCGCUUCCACUCAUUGCAUAAUACUCAAGGAUAUCCUUUUCGUGAAGCAUACUCCCAUCCUAUCCGCUGUAUCUCACGGAACCGAAGUACCCGGCCAUAUGGGUCUGGAAAAAGAGCGACUUCCGCAACCCUACUUCUUGACGAACUUCAUUCGCUUAAAUUAAAUAAUGGGCAUGGAUUAAUUCGUGAUUAUAGCAAAGAUAAUCACUCGCAAAAGGAAAGUCGGAGUUCAUUUGGGUGUAGCUCACCUCCUAAGCGUUUUAAGAUUGAUUAUGAUGGAUCACCAAUGGCGCUUGAUUCUAAUGGAAUGUCAGAACAGCCAUGCAAGACGAAUGCGGAAGUAAGAUCAAAUAAUACUGAAGGAAGCGGUAGUGCACCAUCUGAUUCUGAGAGUACCGAUGCCAAAAACUUUGAAUCAAGAUGGAUGAGAGAUUCUACAGAGCCCUUUUCAGAUGCGUUGAUAUUUAGAUACUGUUUGGAAGGCACACACGAGCGGUCGAAGCUACUAAAAGAGGCUGUCAAUUUGGCCAGUGAUGAAGAGAUGGCUAAUUUUGCUGAUCAGAUUUGCCUGUACACUGGCUGUUCUCAUCACCGAAACCAAAUAUUACUAUCAAAGAGGUUGAUUCAAGAGGGGGCGGAUACUUGGACCGCAAUCUCAAGGAACAAUAACCGUGUUCUAUGGUCGUAUGCCGUUCCUGAGAUUAUCCGAAAGUUAAUGUACAUUGCUUGUUCUGCUAAUAGGGGUUUAUCAACACAGGACACGGAGGUUUUGCGGCAAAUUGCUGGAUGUGGUGAUGAUUUGGGGAGGGAAGAGUUUGAUAGGCUGUGGUAUUGGCUAUACCCUGUAGCUUUUUCAUUGACCCAUGAGAAAUUAAAGAAAAUAUGGGAAUGUACAUCACCAAAAUGGAUAGAAGGGUUCAUUACAAGGGAGGAGGCCGAGAAUGCGCUCAAAGGUCCUCAAGGACCACAGAAGCCGGGCACCUUUGUUUUAAGAUUUCCUACAUCUCGCAGCUGGCCCCACCCCGAUGCCGGCAGUAUAGUUGUUGCUUAUGUUGCCUCUGACUCCUCUAUUCGUCAUAGGCUUCUUUCUCUCGAUCUUAGUGAUGACAGGGAAAAGUAUUUGAGACCACUACAAGACUUGCUUCUGGAAGAGCCCGAAUUAUCCCAUUUAGGAAGCAGGGUCACUCGAAAUGAAAGUGCUGCUUACAAGAGCUGAAGCAUGACAUAGAAGUUUCAAGGAAUGGGCUGUUGCGACUUGCGAUGGUUUUGGUAACCCUUCUUGCACAAAAAAAUUUUGGUUUAAAGCAUAUAGACUUACCUGAACUAUAGCACAUUUUGAGACGGAUACAUGAACUAAGAAAAUUUUGAUAUUCCUACCUAACUUUAUAGUAUGUUUAAUAUAAGUUUGUUCCUACUAAAAAUUAAAGGUAUUUUAAAUUUUUGCAGACAAUAUUUUGUUAUUCAACAAAAAAUUCUGUCGUGCAAUGGAAUAUUUUAUAAUCUGUUUAUGUAAAUUAUUAAAAUCUAACAGAAUGUGACAAAACUUCUCUAGAAUUUUUUUUUUGAAAUCAAAAGAAAUAUAAGGUUUAGUAGUAAAAAUCAAACUUAUUGGAUUUCAGGACCUCUUUUAAAAUGCACUGUAGUUUUAGAUAAGGUCCAAAAAUUUUCACCAAAAGUUUUCCUGUUGUUGGUGCCGUAAGAACGCAUUAUGUAAGAUCUGCAGCUAUGCAUGUAAAACUGCUUCCGCAAGGUUACUGCAGGAACACUUAAUUCUGAAGCAGAAGCCAACAUGUUGGAGUAUCACGGAGAGAGCAACUGCAACAGUUCUUCACAAGGUGAUUACGCGAGACUGCCAUAUUAUGUAAAAUCUGGUGCUAGGCAUUGCUGCUAACUAGUUAUGGCUGAGUGAUCCAUGUUAUGGAAGAUUAGGGUCGGUCGGUUAAUGUAUUUACCGUAGUAACUAUUUUCCUUUAUCAGUAAUGCUAUUUUAGUUAAAUUCUCGGGACGACUUUGAACUUUUAAUAGAAGAAUGAACAUUCUUACCGAACAGUAAGUACUUGCAUGAGAAGAUGAUGCAGUAACCUACAAAUCUUCGAUUGGAAGCUUAUUCUGUUCGAGUACGCACGCGGUGGAUAGAGCGUCAGCAGCAAUUGAAAUUUCGGGGUUACAUUGCAUCAGCAGUUUUAAAAUUGUAUUGUGGUCCAUAAUUUCAAUGCGUCUCUGUAGAUGAGUUAUUUAUGUUUUAAAAGUUAUUGCAGUGAAGUUUUACCAUCGAGUAAUGCAAUGAAA